GGCCGAGGUGGUUGAACUGCCCCAGCUUCCCUGGGCCGCCCAUGCUGUGCCCACACCCGCCUCACGCGGUGCAGGUUGCCGCUGUGGCUGUGAGGAUGGAGUGAUACCCUUUGAAGAGAGUGUUUCUGCAAGCAUCUCAGCAGUCAUGUCGCCUAAGCCUGCCUCCUCUUCUGAGAACACCCAGGCUGUUGAGAUGUACAUUCCUGUCUUGAGACAUAUUUUCCAUGUUAACAAGCUUCCGGGAACACAAACCGAUGAGAAAACGUUUGGGUGUGGGGUGUGCAUGAAGCACUUCCGUUUUGGUGCAGACCUCCAGCAUCAUCAAAAGUGUGACUUGGGAGACAAAAUCUUCAAGAGCUCCGAGGAUGUGGUCACUGGAGAAAAGUCUCGGUCACAUAGCGAAUGUGAGAAGCCUUUUAACAGGCGCACUUCAAUCUGUUUUCAGAAACUUCACACAGGACAAAGACCUUAUGUGUGUCAUGAGUGCGGGAAGUCUUUCACUCGAAAGGCAGUAUUCCAGCAACACGAGAGAGUUCACACUGGAGAGAGGCCUUUUGUUUGCCGUGAAUGUGGGAAAUCUUUUACUUACAGGGCAGGACUCCAACAGCACCAGAGACUUCACACAGGAGAGCGGCCGUAUGUGUGCAGUGAGUGUGGGAAAUCCUUUACCCAGAAGUCAGUACUCCAGCAACACCAGAGACUUCACACUGGAGAGAGGCCUUUUGAGUGCACUCUAUGUGGAAAGUCGUUUAUAGGGAGAUACCACUACAUUGUACACCAGAGGGUUCACACAGGGGAAAGGCCUUACGAGUGUGGGGAAUGCGGAAGAACUUUCACCUAUAAGAUAGGGCUCCAGCGGCACCAGAGGCAUCACACAGGAGAAAGGCCAUACGUGUGCAGUGAGUGUGGGAAAUCUUUUGCCCAGAAAGCAGGACUCCAGCAACACCAGAGACUUCACACCGGAGAGAGACCUUUUGAGUGCACUGAAUGUGGGAAGGCCUUUAUAGGAAGGUACCACUAUGUUGUACACCAGCGGGUUCAUACUGGAGAAAGUCCUUACGAGUGUGGGGAAUGUGGGAAAUCCUUCACCUCGAGCUCUUCCCUCCGUGGUCACAAGAGGGUUCACACAGGAGAGCGGCCUUACCAGUGCAGUGAAUGUGGGAAGUCUUUUGCCUGCAGCUCUACACUUCGUGGUCAUAAGAGAGUUCACACGGGCGAAAGGCCUUAUGAGUGUACUGAAUGCGGAAAAUUUUUUACCCAUAUCUCAUCACGCAAUCAGCACAAGAGGAUUCACACAGGGGAAAGACCUCAUCAGUGCAGUGAAUGUGGGAAGUCUUUUAAGAAAGGAAGCCAUCUCAAAUUACACCAAAGUUCACACAGGAGAAAAGCCAUAGGAAUGCAGUGAAUGUGGUAAUUUUUCAGAUAAUGCUCUACCUUCUCUCAACACCAGUUCACAUUGUAGCAAAGUCUCUGGAUUAAACUGAAUAUGGAAAGUGCUUUGUUAACAACUCUAGUCUCUUUAAAUGCUUGAGCUUCCCUGAUCAUGAGUCAAAUGUGGAAAAUCUUUUCUUAUACCUUCACUGACAUUUACCUCAUGCUUUGCACACCAGAUGUCUUUGUAAAAGUGAUUUAGCCACUUUAGCUAAUGCUAUCUUCAUUACACACUGGAGUUGACGACAGGAAAAGGCCUCCUAAGAGCUUGACUGUCACAAAGACAUCAGACUUCUUCAUUUCCUCACGUGAGGAAAGUAAAUAUGCAGGAAAUGAGCUGUUUCUUGUUCAGUGUAGCAGCUUGGGGGAGAUUCCAGAUGUUGCCAUCUGCCUCUGUUGAGCACACCCCUGAUAGACUGGAAAUUGUAGGUGUGGCACUGCACCAUGCUCAGUUAUUUGCCCUGGGCCCUUUCUGGGUCUAUGCCUCUGCCAGUUCCAUCGCCACAUCCAUCCUUUUAGUAACCAUGGGCACCAGCAAGUCCAGGAACUCAGCCUCCAUGUUCUCCUCCUAGUGUGCAGAGACAGCUCUCAUUUCUUCCUUUCAUUUUUGAGUUUUGUUUUGUUCAUUCUCCCUUAGUGGUAAAAAUCAAUGUACACCUCCUCUCAGUGUCAUCAGUAAUAUGAGCAGUUUUUUAGUCUGUAUCACUCUGCCUAUAAUCAAAAUCCAUGAAAUGGGUAUUUUCAGGGGAGUUACUAGUCUCACCAUGACUCGCAAUGGAAUCUUCCUGCCACAAGUCACUAACCCAGGAACAGUGUUUCUCCUACUGUCUGGUUUGUCAUGAAGUCCUAUUAUUUCAGCACCAUGUAAUCUUAGGGUUUCUGUUAACUGGGUGUGUUUUGAAAACAGGUUCUAUUAAGUUGAAGGGUGAAUAGAUUUCAUUUGCUGGACUUUUUGUGCCUUGUGAGAACUAUAUAGCUGGCGACACAGCUCUCCAUUUUAACCUUGCCUGCUCUGCUGCCCACGGUCUCCAAGAAGACAGUGCAGCACAUUCUGAUCCUUGCUGCAGGCUGGAUGCUCUUCAGUUUUGGCUGAGUCCUGUCACCCUGAAGAGUCACUGUGGCACCCUCAAGUCCUGUAGUAACAGCGUGAAUUUCCCCCUAGUUCACAGGGGCCAUGACAGCAACAGCACACUGUUGGUUGGAAUCUGCCCCAUUCCGGUGACAGUGAGCACGCAGGAUUUGCUCACACUCAAAUCUCAGGACCUCCAGGCAUGUUCAGAGGAAAAAUUGUAGGGUGUCGUGGCCUUCCGUUAUACCUGUCCACUGCCUCCCAGGCAGGUAGGGAUAGAGCACGGGGGACCCACAGUGCACAGGCGUGGCUGCUGUGACCAGCGGCUUUCCAGGCUCCUUGGGUGGAAGUGUCCCUCCUCACUCACAGGUAGUUGGUGCUUGUGAGAGAAGGCUGACCCCGGAGGACGUGCACAGAGGAGUCAGUUCAGGACUGCUGAGCGUGUUUCCAACAGAAACCCAGUAUAUGGACUGUUUUUGCCUUGAGCCUUCUUUUUUUCUCAUGAGAUAGGUACCAUACCAGCGUUAUACCUAGGUGUAAGGGGGCACGUCACACACCAUGUUAGAACAUCUCAUCCUCUUGCUUAUGACCUAGGAAAAGAUCGCCUUGGGCCAAUUAUUGAAGCUUUACUAAGAUUUACAUGCAAUAAGUGACAUUUUGGACAUGCAGUAUUUUAUAGGUUGCCCCAUUGUGCAUCUGUGACCCCAUCGUCUUAGUUGUGGUACUAACAUGCCUGUAGCCAUCUUGAACUCCAGUGUUUCUAGCGCUGUCUGUUCUUCCCAUGACCAACUUACUUUCCCAUCAUAGAGGUUUCCAUUUUCCAAAGUUAAGUGAUUGUUUUUGCCAUUGUUCACUCCUUUCUGACUUAGUUGUGUAUAAUUGCUUAGCUUUUCAUCAAAGGUCCACUGUCAGUACUUCAGCUCUCUCUGCAGUUACGCACUAUUUUCUGGAUUUGUUUCUGAACAUCUGGUUUUCUUAUUUAGUUUCUAGAGUAUUUAAAACUGGUAAUAUAUACUGUUGGUUGAUACGAUUAUAUAAUUCAUUUUUCUAUAAUACAAUGUCAGUCACAGGGUGCUGCGUAUCAAGGUCGAAGAAUCGAACACCUUGUGUUCUAAGUUGUUCCUUUUUGCAUUCUUGUCAACACUCAUAGGAUUUCCCGUCUGCACAUUCUAGCUAAUACUUGUCUAGUGAAGUGCUAAUACUUGCCUAGUUUAGCCCUUUUAAUAAAUUUCUCAUCCUGUCUCACUGUUACU